UAUUGUUUUUUUCUAUAUAGAGCGUUUGCAUCGAUUCUAGUAAUUUUGAUAGUUAUGUCGACUUUAUUAGAAGCGUUUUAUCCCAAAUUAGGACGAAAUUCGUUUCUCAACGCAUUUUCCUUGAACCAAACCCUCAUGAACGAUUUAAUGAGACUACCCAAGGGAAACACACCCGGGUAUUUGGGAUGCUUGCACGGCAUGAGAACUGUGUCAAUGAUGUGGGUCGUCUUUUGUCACACCUAUACCCUCGCUUUGACAAAUUAUCCCACUCAAAAUUUGGUGACAUCAAUGUCUGAAUUAACUCAACAAUGGUUCAUGGCACCAAUACUUAAUGGCUACGUGUCAGUUGACACGUUUUUACUGCUGGGCGGACUGUUGACUGUAUACAUUCCAUUGAUGGAUCAUGCGAAAGGGAGAAAAUUCAAUGUGCUCAAGUACUAUCUCUACAGAUAUUUAAGGAUAACUAUUCCAUUAGCAGUAGCUGUCUGGUUUGUUUCCACUGUAAAGAUUAACUUAGGAAAAGGCCCUUCUUGGUUUAUUUUCUUGCGUCCUGCAAUGGAUUUGUGCCGAGAAAAUUGGUGGGCAAAUCUUCUCUACAUCUCAAAUUACUUCUUUGACUUCUGCAUGGGGCAUACUUGGUACCUGUGUGUGGACAUGCAGCUUGCUCUGUUGGCGCCGUUGAUUAUUUACCCUCUGAUUAAAUGGCCUAAAUAUGGCCUGGCUGCAAUUUUCGUUCUCACUCUGGGCUCGAUUGCUGCCGUAUUCGCUGUUACUUACACGGAAGAUCUGCCGUGGACCUCACAGUUUAACGUCGAUGCUGCCAAAUCACUACGUUACAGGGAUAUAAUAUACAUAAACACGCCCAUGAGGGCCUCACCGUACCUAAUCGGGAUGGCCCUUGGUUAUGUCCUGAGCAAGAAACACCACGUGGCUUUACCAAAAUGGGGAGUUGUCAUAGGAUGGCUCAUCUGCACAGCUCUAGCCCUUUCUGUAUUAUUUCUUAUUCUCAUUCCAUACUCGGAAAGCUACGUUGAAAACGCUCUGGAAGCUGCAUUUUACGGCAGCUUGCACAAGCCUGCUUGGUCUUUAUGUUUGUGCUGGAUAAUUUGGGCCUGUGUCAACGGCUACGGUGGAGUUGUCAACAGCAUCUUGUCGUGGAAAUAUUUCGUCCCGUUGAGCAAACUAACGUUUGCUGGAUAUCUGAUGCACGCGCCGGUUCUAACAUCACAUGCGGGCCUUACCAGAACUCCUUACUUCGUGUCACAUUUCGAAAACUGGUACCUUUUUAGCGGAAUUUUAUGCCUCACCUUGCCGUACGCAAUUUUUCUCUACUUGGCGGUUGAAUCCCCAGCAAUGAAUUUGAUGCGUUUGGUAUUUGGAAAGAGAAGAGAAGCUGAUCAGAGCAAUAAAAUUAUUGGAAAGGACGCCUAAGAUGAAACUAAAGCAGCUAAAUUUGAAAUUCGACAUUGGCAGCAUUGAAAUUUAAGGAUAUUUGGUGGAUGGAAGCUAAAAAAUAAAAUAUGCUUAAAUACGGUUA